AGUACGCAGGUCACCCAGCAACAAGCGGCAUCAAUUGCGCCAACAGGUGAGUCACCAGGAAACGGACGGCUCUAGGACCAGGACUACUGCGUUUACCGAAGGGGUUUUCCAUUCAGAGUGAGGCAUCUUCAGUCAGACGUGCGGAACAAAACGCGUUUCUAUAGCAUAAAAUCGUAGAUUCACGACGGAGGUCGACAGCAAGUCACAGCACCAGGCCAUUAUUAAGAACUAGGUGAACCUCAGAGAGCAUCAUGGGAGGAGUCGCACUUGAUGAUGGCCCCAGUGGGGUAAAGGCACCAGACGGGGGCUGGGGGUGGGCAGUCUUGUUUGGCUGCUUCGUCAUUACAGGCUUUUCCUACGCCUUUCCCAAAGCUGUCAGCGUCUUCUUCAAAGAGCUGAUCCGGGAGUUUGAUGUGGGCUACAGUGACACAGCCUGGAUCUCCUCCAUCCUGCUGGCCAUGCUGUACGGCACAGGCCCUAUCUGCAGUGUCUUGGUGAAUCGGUUUGGGUGCCGCCCUGUGAUGAUGGUGGGGGGUCUCUUUGCUUCCCUGGGAAUGAUAUUGGCAUCCUUCUCCACCAGCAUCAUUCAUAUAUACCUGUCCACCGGCGUCAUCACAGGCUUAGGACUGGCCCUGAACUUCCAGCCCUCUCUCAUCAUGCUGAACAGGUACUUCAGUGAAAAACGCCCACUGGCAAAUGGCCUGGCUGCUGCGGGGAGUCCGGUCGCCCUGUGCUGCCUCUCCCCACUGGGACAGGUGCUGCAGCAUGCGUAUGGCUGGCGGGGGGGCUUCCUCAUCCUGGGGGGGAUAUUGCUCAACUGCUGUGCCUGUGGAGCCCUCAUGAGACCACUGGUUCCCCCCAAAAAAGUGGAGGAACCAGAGGGCCAGGCCAAGGUCAUAGAGGAGAAGAAGAAGCCAAAGGCCAAGCUUCUGGACUUCAGUGUAUUCAAGGACAGGGGCUUUCUUAUCUACACUAUUGCGGCCUCCAUCAUGGUGCUGGGCCUGUUCGUGCCGCCUGUCUUUGUGGUGAGCUAUGCCAAGGAGCUGGGCAAUGAAGACACCAAGUCGGCUCUGUUGCUGACCAUCCUGGGCUUCAUUGACAUCUUUGCCCGGCCCACCUGCGGUAUUAUCGCCGGGCUGAAGUGGGUGCGCCCGCGCUGCGUCUACUUCUUCAGCAUUGCCAUGCUCUUCAACGGCAUUGCAGACAUAGUGGGUUCCUUUUCCAAGGACUACAAUUCCCUGGUGGUCUUCUGCAUUUUCUUUGGCAUCUCCUACGGCAUGGUUGGCGCCCUCCAGUUUGAAGUGCUGAUGGCCAUCGUGGGCACAGAGAAGUUCCCCAGCGCCAUUGGCCUGGUGCUGCUGAUGGAGGCCAUCGCUGUGCUGGUGGGACCGCCCUCUGCAGGGCGAUUGCUGGAUGCCACCAAGGUCUAUAUGUAUGUGUUCUUGUUGGCCGGGUGCGAGGUGUGCCUCUCAUCCAUCGUGCUGGCCACCGGCAAUUUCUUCUGCCUCAAGAAGAAGCCCCAGGAGCCGGCGAUGGGCGAGAUGGAGCUGCUCAACAAGCCCCCCGAGGAAAACAGCAAGGCCAUCGAGGGCACGGAGAAAGGGAAGGAGGAGCAGGAGGAGCCCGACAAAGAAAGAGAGAAGGAGCCAGAAGAGAAGGAGCCGGAAGAGAAGCAGCCGGAAGAGAAGCAGCCUGAGAGCGCAAAGGUGGACUCUGCAGAGGUGGAGACCUUUCUGAAAGACGCCAAGGAGGAGAACGGAGAUGUGGUCGCCAACCCUGAGACGUGCCUGUGAGGACCCUCAUCGCAGGAGAGACUGUGACAGUGGGAGCAAAGCAAAAACAUUUCACAACCGAACACGAAGUUGGAUGGGAACCCCCUAAACAGGUUAGGCAAAUAGAUGCUUUACAAUCGGCUGUAUUUAUUUUAGGUGUUACAUAGUCGUAUGCUUUCGUGUGCUCUUUGGAGCUGCUUCAUAUGAGAGGACAGACACGCUGAAAACACACAGAGAAUGAGGGACAAAUUCCACCCUACAACUACAAUGAACCCACACUUAAAAAAGCAAAAAUGUCUCCAUGCAUAAAAUGACGACUAAGUACACCUGUCUCUCACUGUAUCACCUGCUGAAUGUGCCAAGGAGUGGCACAUCCUAUACAGAGUUUCAGGCUUUGGAGAAACCCACAGCACUUGAGCACUUAAUUUCUUCUUUUCUUUCAGGGGUACUCCACCUUAAUCACCUAUACCACGGAGCAUUCUGUUUGCCAGUGGAAUGCGAAUGGUGGUCAAAGUGUAGGAACAUAGCUGGACACAUUUUGACUUACUAUAACGCACACUUCUCAGUUCAUUGCGAUGUGCUUUUCAGCCUCAGUUAUAGCGCACGUGCAUUUUCGAAUGAAUUGAGCAAGAAUAAUCUGUGGAUGGGAAUGCAGGUCCGUGACUGCUUUUCUUGCACAUGCUAGGAAGAUUAUUACGGUUUGUGUGCGGAAGAUAAAUGUGAGCUUAUCUGCAUAUUUGUGGUACACAAAAAGAGAUUUAUUGUGCAAUUUAUUGUGACUUGAGCACAGUGCAGGGAUUUCUUUCACACUGCACAGGUUAUGAAAAAGCUCUGAUUACUAAGGAAUACAAAUGAGGUUCUGAAUGUGAUGUUAUGCAAUGGCUUUUUAUUUCAUGAAAUUAACAUCUGGCAUUACAAACAAAGGACAAAGGUCAAUAUGACAGUUCAAAAUGAAUAAAUGAACAUUUUAGGCCAGUACAUUCAUAGUUAAGGCAGGAAGUGGAUUUUCAUUUAUUAGGCCUAUGUGUUGUUGCUUUUGGGGUCAUAGAUCAUCAUGCAAUGUUUCUUCCUACCUCCUCACUGCGUUAACUUGUGUGCAUUACUGUGUGCAAAGCAGCAAUCUGGCAGCUGAAGUGACGACCGCCCACAUUUCUCAGAUCUGCCAUGUUAGUCUCUAAAAUCUCAUAUAAAUUUGGACAGACCCUUUUGUGUUUUUAUAUUUGUCAGGAGAGUGCUCUGACAUUUUUAAAAGGAAAUAGAAAUCUGGGAGCCUGCAUUUCACAGUUUGCAUGCAUGAAGAAGGAGAUUGGGCAGCAUGUAGAAUCUGUUUUACCUUUAAUAAAAAUGACUCCAAAUGCAUUUUUAGCAGCGAUGGGUGUAUGACCGGUGCAGUCAGGCUCAUUUCGAAUUGACCGGAAGUUUAAUCCAUGCGACAUAUAAAUCACCUUGAAUCCAAACAAAAAAAACUACACAGCACCUACUAUUGCUAAACACAAAUAUUUGAAAGUCUUUAAUUGGACCAAAUCCCAGAUGCCUUUGACCGCCGAUUGCAAACGAGUCUCUCAUUCAUUACUGCCUUGGGGGAAUGUGUGACAGCACUGCUUAGUGUGUCCCUGUUUUACAUCUGACCUCCAGCAAAGGAAAAGACUCUUUCCCUCGCAUUAUUGGUAGUGCCUUAUAUCUGUAAUAAAUACAUGGAGCACGCCAUGCAAAGGAACGUCGAGUAAAGAUGAAAAACUGAAUGAUCUUCAUGAAUGUCCCUUGCAUUUUAUGAACUCUUUAGAUUGCACAGCUUCAUUCUGAUCUCUCAUUUAGUUUAACGAUGGCAGCCCAUCUCCUUUCUCAUCCAUUCCCAGUGUCUGGGUUUUGAAAAAAAGACUCAGUCAACCAAACACAGCCACCACGAUCACGUCACAUUCUAGUAUCUUACUGAAGCUUUUCUGUAAUCAAGACAGCCCAUUGGGACCAUGGGGACCCAUGUCCUUUAUGACUACUGGGCAACCGUUCAUGUUUUUUCAAUAAUUGUCUAUUCAUUUUUAGUUUUGAGCUAUUUCAUUGCACAAGUUCAGAGUGUGUUUACUCGUAUUAUGUGUGUCCUGUAUCUUUAUGUUCCAUACAAAAACAUUUCCAGCUGCAUAUGCCAUCACAUGGUCACAUCACUCAUCCAUUCACAAACCAGUCCGUUCCAAAAUCAAAAUAAGUUUGUGUAAUAAACUGCCAUUUGCACUUGUGUACCUUUGAUGUUUCUUUAUAAAGGCUUAACCUCCAUUCUAUACCAGCGUUAGUGCACAUUGUACUGUAUGUAUGUGUGAUUGUUGGUGUAAAAGAGAAAAAUCGGUGUCACUGUAUUGUAUCACUGUGUUAUACUAUGAUACGUAUUACUGUAAAAAAAACAUUUGUCUUGAAUUUGCGAAUGGGAAGGAGGGACGUCCUAAAAUGGUGAUAGCAUCUUGAGGUAUUUAAUGAAAAAUUUAAAAAAUAUAUCGCCUUACUGCCAUAGGCUUUUAUGUCGUCAGCAGUAGUUCCACAGCCUAGAGUUGGUUCUGACAUUUCAGUGGGACCAGCACUUAUGUACAGGCAAUAAGAGAGGCUAUAUAUCUCUGCCCUGUCCCCAAGUGCAUUUCAAAUGAAUCUAGUACCACACUGUCAAUUAGGAAAAUGGCUGACUUACAAAUGAAGGUAGACACACCUUGUGAAGGGAGAUUAAACUAAUACUGUCUCACCCUCACAAAUUUGUUAACAUAUGUAUCAAUGGUAAAACAAGGGUUUACAAAUGUGUAUGUGCUAACUACUGCAAUAUUUCAGUAUUUUACACACAUACUCACUAAAGCCCAUAAUUUCAAAUUCAAGUAUUUCUACAGAACACUGGAUUAUGCUAUUGUAAUGUUGGAAUGUAUCAAAUUAACUGGGGAGAGCACUGGUAUUUGCUUAUAUAACUCCCUAUAAAUUAGCAAUAUUUAAUUUUAUUUAUUAUUUACAUGUAGCGCACGUAAAUGAUUGUUGCCCUCCAUUAAUGAAGCCCCACUACAGUAUUCUGCUUUCAACACCACUAGCUGGACCCCCACACCCAGGGCCUCCCUCCCUCUCAGCGUCCACACCUUCCUGGCUAUAAAUGGGAGGAACUAUUGAGUGUUGUGAAGUUUGUAUGAACUUCUGAUCUUUAUUUAUUAUUGUUUUUUAAUGAUUUUAUUUAAAGAAACUAAACCAGGGAGAUUUGUCAAGUGCUUUCCUGCAGCCAGGAGCUCCCUGUUUGUCUACUCCAUUGCGAGAAGGCACUUUACAAUCACCACAUCAGUAGAAGAAAGUAUAUUUUUACCUGCUUAAGCUUGUUUCAAAUCUUCUCAAUAAAUUACUUCUGUUGA